AUGCCGAGCACGGUCGCGGGCGAGACGCUAGCGACGUACCGGUGGGUGCCUGCGUCGUACGACGCGGCGGUCUUCCUCGUGCACGGCUUCCGCGCGCACGCGCAGUUCAACUUCCUGCGCGCGGACUCCCCAACCUCGCUGUGCAACUACGGCGACGCGGCGCGCUCCUCGCUGGUGCGCGAGCUGAACGAGCGCUCGCUGGCCGUGUUCGCGCACGACCACGUGGGGCACGGCAACUCCUCCGGCCUGCGCGCCUACUUCCCGGCCUUCUCGGCCCUCGUCGACGACCUCAUGUCGCACGUCAACACCGUCGACCGCGACCUGCGCCUGCGCGAGCGCGGCGUCCCCGUCUUCCUGCUCGGCCACUCCAUGGGCGGCACCGUCGCCAUCCUCGCCGCGCGCGAUAACCCUACCGCGUUCGCAGGCAUGGCACUCUCGUCGGCCGCGUCCGAGCCGCCCGCGAGCAUGUUCGGACUCAAGGGACAUGUCCAGUACUGGCUGUCCGGUAUCACUAGCAGGGUCUGCCCUAAGGCUGAGUUGUUGGCGUUGCCGCCGGCGCCGGAUAAGGUGCUGCAGGAAAACUUCGAGGCCGACCCGCUGAAUUGUCAGAACAUGGUGCGCGCGCGGGUGGGGAGGGAGUUUCUGGACGCCUACUCGAAUAUCUCCGGGAAUGUGGCGAUGGUUAAGGUGCCGUUUCUGACGGUGUCGGGCGAGAAUGACACGCUGGUUCACCCGGAGGCCGCGGAGAGGUUUUAUAAUGGCGCGACUAGUGCCGAUAAGACGUUGGUGAAGGGGGAGGGGAGGUGGCAUAAUUUGUUGGGUGAGACGGGGAAGGAAGAGAUGUGGACGCUGUUUGCCAACUGGAUAAGGGAGAGGGCGGACAAGAAACUGGCCGAUUUAGCUGCUUGUAACUGAGUCGUCGCUCUGCGCUGUACUGACAUCAGUAGCGAUGAGACGCGGUCCUGGAGGAGGCUUACGUCAUCGGCAGACGUACCGUCAAGACGCCUGUGCACUCGAAGAGGAUCAAGGGUGUUUUAUAUCGAGGCGGUAUCGUCUUCACCGUACAGUGCAGAGCUGUACUAACGUACUUGUAGAGAGUCAGGAGUCUUGUCCUGACUCAGGACAGUACCCUCACCCUGACCUUAAACGUGUACACUGAACCAACCCAAA